AUGCGUUCAAGACUCAAGCGGGCAGAAAUAAGACGUCGCGGCGGCUACACGCACAACUUGGCACAUUACCUGGCUGAGGUGAACCACGGCGUCCCCCCCACUAUCAUCUACAACGACGCCUUCCAAGGCAAUUGGACCCGCCUCCUCGCUGCCUACCGCCUUCCCAAUUCCACCCUAUUCCCCUUCGACAACAUUGUCAUCUCCCCGGGGCCGGGAUCCCCCGAGAAAGCCUCGGACUUCGGGCUUUCUCGGUUAGCCCUCGACCUGGACUCUGUCCCCAUCCUGGGCGUCUGCCUUGGGCACCAAGGCCUUGGAUACCUCCAUGGAGGGCGGGUGAUACGCGCUCCUUGUGGGCCUAUGCACGGACGCCUCUCUCAGAUCACCCACACGGGCCGCGGCAUCUUCCAGAACCUUCCACAAGAUUUUCCCGCCGUCCGCUACCAUUCCUUGGUGGUGGAGCCCCCCCGGGAAGGGAAAAAGGAGGGAGGGAGGGAGGGAGGGGGGCAGGGGUGGGCGCUGAAGGCGACGGCUUGGUCGGAGGACGGGACCUUGAUGGGUCUCGAGCACGUGGCUCGGCCUCAUUACGGGGUUCAGUUCCACCCCGAGUCAAUCGGCUCCCACUACGGCCACGCUCUCCUGCGGAAUUUCCAGCGACUCUCCUGGGAGAGGGCGAGGGGGAGGGAGGGGGGGAGGGACGGGGGGUGGAGGGCCGCAGGGAGUCGCGGACAGGGGGGGAGCGAAAGGAGGGCU